GACCCCCGGCGGUGACUCGCGCGCCCCGGCCCCGCGGAUGCUCAGGGCGCCCCGCUCCCGUGUGUCGCAGCUUCCGAAGGACAGGUGUCCAGGGAUAACGCACCCCGACAAGAUGCCAAGGCAGGGGCACUGGCCAGCACUCUCCGUGGUGCUGAUCCUGCUCUGGGGACAUCCUCGACCCACGCUCGCCUGUCCUCACCCUUGCACCUGCUACGUUCCUAGCGAGGUCCACUGCACAUUUCGCUCCUUGGCUUCUGUGCCCGCUGGGAUUUCUAAACAUGUGGAAAGAAUCAAUUUGGGAUUUAAUAGUAUUCAGGCUUUGUCAGAAACCUCAUUUGCGGGACUGACCAAGUUGGAGCUCCUUAUGAUUCAUGGCAAUGACAUCCCCAGCAUCCCCGACGGGGCUUUAAGAGACCUCAGCUCCCUCCAGGUUUUCAAGUUCAGCUAUAACAAGCUGCGCGUGAUCACAGCCCAGACCCUGCAGGGGCUCUGGAGCUUAAUGAGACUGCACAUUGACCACAACAAGAUCGAAUUUAUCCACCCACAAGCUUUCAAUGGCUUAACAUCCCUGAGGCUUCUCCACUUAGAGGGAAACAUGCUGCACCAGCUCCAUCCCGGCACGUUCUCCACGUUGACGUUUCUGGAUUAUUUCAGACUCUCCACCAUAAGACACCUCUACCUCGCUGACAACAUGAUCAGGACUCUGCCCAUGGGGAUGCUGCAGAACAUGCCACUUCUGGAGAAUCUUUACCUGCAUGGCAAUCCGUGGUCAUGUGACUGCGAGAUGAAGUGGUUUCUGGAGUGGGAUGCCAAAUCGAAAGGUAAGAGAGGAGGGCAGAGCGAACGUGGCUCCCCGCGGCACAUUCCUGACCCUUCUGGAAAGGUUCCAUUCUCUGGUGUUCUGACGUUGCUUUAUCUUGUGAAGAGCACAUCACGAAAUCGGUAUGGCGGGAAACAUUCAUGGAAGUCGUACAACCUCGAUGUUAAGACCCCCCUGUUCCAUAAUGGAUGUAUCCUUCUGUGAAAUAUAAAGCGAUGAUCAUUUAAUCAGUUAUAUAUAGUUGACUACGAUUGUCUUCAGUUGGAUAUCUGGAGUGUUACGUGCAGCUUUGGGUUACAGCUAAAUGGGGGGUUUUCCGUGCAUCCCUGUCCCAUGAGGAGGUGCUCAAGGAAGUUUGGAAAAGAGAGGGCCAGCAGUGGCUAUGACGUUAUUCUCUUAAGAAUGGGGGAGAGGGAUGUUCUGCAUUGAUCAAGAGAACAGAAAACCAGGAGUGUUGUGUAGAUAUUGCCAGACAGUAAAUUUUGAUUCAAAAUAAGGAAGUGUUUAUUUCUUUGUCUUUCUUUUACUCCCUUCCUCAAGCCGCACUUUGAAACCCAUCCUCAAUCCCAUUGGGUUUACCAUAUCCCAGGUCUGUUGGCUCACGUCUAUCCCCAUGACCUGCAGCUUGGGUCCAGCUCCUUUCUUCUCUCUCUAGGAGGAGAGUCGGGCCUUCUGGGCAGGUCUUUGCAGCCUUGAUCACCUCUCCUUCAAUCAACUCUACCCAGAGCAGUUGUCGAACAAAUUGUCAGCGGAAGCGUGUGGUCCUGCCACACUGCUGUCUAAAUGUCCACUGGUUUCCCAUUGCUCUUGGAAUGGAACGUUAUACUCCUUACUAGGAGUUCCUACACAACCGUGCCCACCCUCCUGCAACAUGCAGGUCCCCCACUUAGUCACUCACUAUAGCCACACUGCUGUCUGUUUGCUUCCUUAUACCUUCCAAACUUAUUUCCCAAUCAGUGUCAUUGGACCCGCGAAGACCAUGCAUCUGCUGGAUGUUCCAGGGUCUGAUUUAAUUUCAGCGCUCAGAGCUUUGUUAAAACAUCACCUCCCUUGGGGCGCCUGGG